ACAAACCAUCUUAUGAUUUAGCAUUCCUUUUUCUUGAUUCUUACUUGUCUACCAAUGGCUUCGGCAACUCAAUGUCUGGCUUUACUCUUUGUUUUGGGAAUUUGGGCUUCUCAGGUCUCGUCCCGCUCUGUUCCUGAGGUGUCCAUGUCUGAUGGGUUUGAACAAUGGUUGUCUAGCUAUAGUCGAGUUUAUCAGGAUGAGACAGAGAAGGAUAAACGUUUCCAAAUAUUCAUGGAAAAUGUGGAGUACAUCAAAUCCCACAAUGCUGAUUCCAGCAAAAAGUACAAGUUAGGUGUUAAUGAAUUCACAGACUUGACCAAUGAAGAGUUUAAAGCCAUGAGAAAUGGUUAUAAAAUGCGAUCUUCCAACAGUAUUCCAGCUCCCAAAACAUCUUCUUUCAGGUUUGAAAAUGUUACUGCAGUUCCAUCUAGCAUGGAUUGGAGAAAGAAAGGAGCUGUGACCGGCGUCAAGGACCAAGGCCAAUGUGGAUGUUGUUGGGCGUUCUCAGCUGUGGCAGCCACGGAAGGGAUUACCAAGCUCAAAACUGGUACAUUGAUAUCACUAUCAGAGCAAGAGUUGGUUGAUUGUGAUGUCAAUGGCGAAGACCAAGGUUGCAAUGGUGGUCUCAUGGACGAUGCAUUUGAAUUUAUCAUUUCAAACAAAGGACUUACUACCGAAACCAAUUACCCCUAUGAAGGAGUUGAUGGAAGCUGCAACAAGAAAGAAUCUGCCAACCAUGCAGCUAAGAUCACUGGUUACGAAGAUGUACCUUCAAAUAGCGAGUCAGCACUAUUAAAAGCUGUGGCCAACCAGCCUGUUUCAGUUGCCAUUGAUGCCGGUGGGGCCGACUUCCAACACUACAAAAGUGGUGUCUUCACUGGCGAAUGCACUACCUACCUAGACCAUGGGGUUACAGCAGUUGGCUAUGGACAAGAUGAUGAUGGGACCAAGUAUUGGUUGGUGAAGAAUUCAUGGGGCACUAGCUGGGGUGAGGACGGAUACAUCAGAAUGGAAAGAAAUAUUGAUGCCAAAGAAGGUCUUUGCGGUAUUGCAAUGGAAGCCUCUUAUCCAACUGCUUGAAGAUAAACACACAGUAUACUAUGAUGCUAUGUAUGCAGCAUAUAUGGUCCUCUUUCA